GGAGGGCCAGUAGGGAGUGUGGUCAGGGCUGACAGCGGGCGUGGUUAAAUGUUUCUAAAUGCUGUGUGACUUCAGAAGUUGUUUGGAAUUUCUUUCUCUACUUUGACCCCGCGAGCAACUAGCACACAUUUGACAUGUGACCAACAACAAGACAUCAACAAGCAGCAGUUCAGCAUGCGAUCGAGGAAGUGCACCAUGGAGAAGCAAGAUGACGGACACAAGAAGCCAAAGUCUCAAGGCUCUGUGAGGCAGGAAGAGGAAACGUCGGCAGAGUUUUCAAAGAAGAAGGCCAAAGUCCAGCGAGAGGAGAAGGAAAGAAAGUUGGAGCAGAAAAGUCCAAAAGUCAACUUGUCCAAGAAGGAUUUGUUCCAGCUGCUGGGAAUCAUGGAAGGUGAAGUACAGGCCCGAGAGGAUGUCAUCGGUCUGCUGAGGUCUGAGAGAAGCAGACCAAAGAAGCUGGAGUCUCGCUACGGAUGGUCCGUUCCCGCCAAGGCCCUGCAGGCCCUACAGAGGGAUGACGGCAUGUUCACCUGCCACAGCCGCCCUACGGACGAUGUGUACGAGAAGCCAAUGGCAGAGCUGGAUCGUCUGGAGGACAAGCAGAGGGAGACGUAUCGUCGCAUGCUGGAGCAGCUUCUGCUGGCUGAGAAAUGUCACCGUCGCACUGUCAUGGAGCUAGACAGCGAGAAGAGCAAGCACGCUAACUUUAUCAAUAAAAGUGACGACUUCACCAACCUGCUGGAGGAGGAGAGGGAGAGACUGAAAAAAUUGUUGAAGCAGGAAGAGGCCUACCAGGCCCACAAGGACAAAGAGCACAGCAGGCGGCUGGAGAAGCUCCGAGCCCAGUUGGUCAAGCUCAAGUCCUUUGCCCUUAUGUUGGUGGAUGAGCGACAACUGAACACUGAGCAACUGGACCUACAGAGCCAGAAGGUCCGAGAGCUCACUCACAAGUUGCAGGACAAAGAGCGGCGGUUGGCGGACAUCACCGACGUCGCAAAGGAGGACGGCCAGAAGGUCCUCAAGGUGGAAGCAGAGCUGGAGCACAGGGUGGCUACUUCCAAAUUUGAGAUGGAGGAGAUGACGGCCAAACUGUCCAACCAAGAUUCCCAAAACCGACAGCUGCGACUGAAGCUUGCUGGACUCGCCAGCCAAAUAGAAGAGCUCCAGGAGAGCAACCGGUGGCUGCAGCAAUCAGACGAGGACCUACAGGACCUGAGGGACAAGAUCAGCAAAGGCGAAUGUGGAAACACCUCCCUCAUGGCUGAGCUGGAAACCCUCCGGAAAAAGGUGCUGGAGAUGGAAGGCAAGGAUGAGGAGAUAACCAAGACCGAGUCUCAGUGCAGGGACCUUGGAAAAAGGCUGCAGGAUGAGGAGAACGUCAGCAAGGAGCUGAGACUGGAGGUGGACAAGCUGCAGAGGAGAAUGGCUGAGCUGGAGAAACUCGAGGGGGCUUUCGGUAGGAGCCAGACGGAAUGUUCACAGCUUCACGUCAAGAUGGAGAAAGAAAAACAACUUGGGAGCGAUCUGGAAGGCGAGCUGGAGACGCUCAAAAGACGACUCAAAGAAAUGGAGUCCCUGGAAGUAAAGCUGGAGAGGGCAGAGAUGAUCCUCAAAGAUGAUCUCAUGAAGCUUAAGUCCUUUACCGUCAUUCUGGUGGAGGAAAGAAAGAACAUGGCGGAGAGACUGAAACAGGAACAAGAGGAAAAAGAAGAGUUGUGUCACAAGUUUAAAUCUGAGGAAUGUAAAGUGACCGAAGUCAUGGAAAAGCUGAUUGACGACAGCAAAAAACUCCUCAGAUUCAAAUCUGAGACAGAGGUCAAAGUGGCUAGAGUCAGUGAGGAGAACGACGACUUGAAAGGUAAACUUUUGAGGGAGCAGGAGCGAUGUUGCCAGCUCAACACUGACAUGCGGGAGAUGAAAGCAAUGAUGGAGGAGACGCAAAAAACAAAGACAAAUCAAGAAGGUAAAAUAAAAGAACUCACACUAGAAACGGAGAACCUCAGAAGUCGACUAGAGCGACUGGAGGUCGUCGAGGGGGAUUUGAUGAAGACUGAGGAUCAGUAUGAACUGCUGGAGAAAAGGUUCAGGGUGGAACAAGAAAAAGCCAAUACCCUCUCCAAGCAUGUGGAAGAAAUGACAAGACAGACAAGUCACCUGGUCAGGAGCAAAAGUACGGAGAAAGGACAAAUGGCCAGUCCGGAGGCCCAGCUGAGAACACGCUGCAAAAUGGAGGAGGCCAAAUGCCGAGAUCUGGAGGUGCAAGUUCAAGCCUUGAAGGAGAAGAUCCACCAACUGAUGCCCAAGGAGGACCAGCUGUCCCAACUACAGACUGAUUAUUCUGUCCUCCAGCAAAGGUUUCUGGAGGAGGAAGAGAAGAGGAAGAGCGUCAGUCAAGAAGUGGCUGACCUCACCCAGAAACUAGAAGCCAGCAGGCGGUACAGCCGCACCUUGAGGCCUGGUAUCAACGGCAGGAGGAUGGUGGACGCUCGGCUCAUGUCCACUGCUGCGCAGACCGAUGCCUUGGACGGUAGUUCUGCUGAAGAUUUCAUCCGCAAGUCCGUCCUGGAGGAGAAGCACCUCAUGAGCAACCUAAGGCAGCGUGGUCUCAAAAAGCCUAUAGUUCUUGAACGCUACCCAUAUGCUAUGGCAGAACCCGAGACCACGAGGAUGAGGAUGACUCCCGAAGUGUCCAUAUCCCAGAAGCCAGGCAAACCGCUUCACAUCCGGGUGACGCCCGAUCCGACUGACAGCACCGCCACCGUGGAGAUCGCCGGCCCGCAAGCCCGAGACUUCUUUUCCAGCACCACCGUCAUCCCGACCCUGGGCCUUCACCAACCUCACAUCACCAUCGUCCCGAAGGCCACCGCCAUCACCACACCAAGCAAAACCUGUGACGUGGCAGGCCCGGUCCAGUCCCCCGUUACCAUAACGACCAUCUCCAGAACGAAAAGUCCUGACACGAACAACGGUCGCCUGGCGCCGCUGUCCAUCGUCACCAUCAGCACCGGCCCAGUGCCUCGAGAGCAAGCUUCGCCAGAACCUCCUCAUGGGACCGUGGACCGCACCGUCAUCACUGUCGGUCCCGACAAGCGACCUGGGACUGCGGUGGCCCUGAAUUUCAGCAACAACAUAAUCACGACAGAGGACAAGAAGAUUCACAUCCGCCUGAGGGCCACCGAAAAGCAGGACAAUGAAACCGUCCAGCGAACCUUAGAAGAGAAGACCGAGGCCGGCAAAAUGAGCAGCAGCUUAACCAUCACGCCCGUCACCGCAGCCAUGUGCAGGCCAACGACAUCUGUGACCAGUUGGGGGUGGUCCACUCGUCUCCCCGUCUCUACGAAGGCCGAUAAGACCGGGACAGAAUCCCGCGAGAGUCAGGAGCUGAAAAUCAAACUGAGAAAGUCGUCCCCGGAUUCUUCUGCACCGUGAGACCAGAGCUGAAGCCUCCAUGCGUUGCCAUGGCAACCACUCCAAGGGACAACACUUACAUUCAUUUUCCAAAACCACACAACUAGAUUACUGUAUCUUCUUUGCGUCAAGUGUGAGUUUAUCACAUCAAUUGUUCUUUAACUUAAGGAUGUUAACAUCAACACGUGCCACUGAAUGAUGUUCUAUAUUUUACAUACAAAAGAUGUACAGUGGGCCCCGCAUAUUCGUGCGGUUCAGCUAUUCACAGAUUAUUUCUUUUAAAUCUAUUUUUUUGGGGGGGGAACCAUCCCUGUUUUUCGUGGCUAGCACUUGUAGACAGUAUAUCCCCGCUUAGUCAAGAUUUUUUGGGUUAAAAAAAUUAUUUCAUUCAUUGCAUGGGUAAUUAAUUAUUCACAGAUUUUUGCAAUUCGCGGUCGGGCCAGGGCCUUAUCCCCCGACAAUAGUGGGGGUCCACUUUAAUCAUUUUUGUGUGUAAUUGUUUGUGUUUCCAGCAACACUAAAGUGUACAAGUGGCUGCACACCUUGGGUAGUGGAUAGGGAUUGGUGGAGAACCAGGAAGUGAACAACACGUGUUUUUUAACAAUGCACUGACAUGUAAGCAAAGUGGGGCGGGACAUAAACGUUGAGACAAGAGAAAGCCGC